AUGAGCUUCACCCCAGAGCCCUACGACCCCGUCACCGCGGCGACUUGGCUCGUCUGCGUGACGUGCGGCACGCAGUUCCCCACGGCGGAUCGCUCCAAGGUCAAGACGUGUCACAUCUGCGACGAUCCUCGGCAAUUUGUCCCGCCGUCUGGACAGUCAUUCUCUACGCUGGAAGAGCUGGGAAAGACUCACAGGAACGAAUUCACGCCUUGCCCCGCAGAUGCUAGACUCACAUUCAUCUCGUCAACGCCAAAGCUCGCCAUCGGACAGCGCGCCAUCCUCAUUCAGACGCCGGAAGGCAACAUACUGUGGGACUGCAUCUCCCUUCUCGAUGAGGAGACAAUCUCCAGGAUCCAGGCCCUUGGUGGCUUGCGGGCGAUGGUGAUAAGCCACCCGCACUUUUACAGCACGCACGUCCAGUGGGCGAGGGCAUUCAAGUGCCCCGUGUAUCUGUCUGCCGAAGACGCCCGGUGGGCCACCAUGGCGUCGGCACAUCAGAUCCCGCUGGCCUCGACCGAGACGGAGGUGGUGAGCGGGGUGAAAGCCAUCAAGCUCGGGGGACACUUCCCCGGGUCCAUGGUUCUUCUAUUCGACGGGCGAUUGCUCAUCGCCGAUACGCUCAUGACUACAGCCGCGGGCGUUGGAGGCUGGGAGGUGGACGCCACGGGGACUUCACGGUCCAAGCCGCCGGGGCUGAAUUCGUUUUCGUUUCUGUACAGCAUCCCCAAUUUCAUACCCCUCAACCUAGACGAGAUGUCUCGCAUGUGGGGGAUCUUGAAAAAGUACGACUUUCGAGCUACGUACGGGGGGUUCACGGGCAUGGAUAUUGAGGAUGAGGGCGUCAAGGGUAGAGUGCUUGAGAGCAUGAAGAUUCAGGCAGGACACAUGGGAUACGGGGAGAGUGAGUUUAUGCAAACCAAGCUGUAA